GGCCCAAACUAAUUAAUUGAAUCUGGAACGUUGUAGAAUGUAGAACCUACAAACGCAGACCGAAUAAUGGAAGACUUGGAAACGGUUCUAUGGAAAGUUUGGAAACACCUCGAAAGUUCUGGCUCCAUCGUUUCUCUCGUAUAUGAAUGCGUUCGUGCUCCUUCCGUCGCUCAUCGAAGUUAAUCCAGCUAAAUUAAUCAUCAAAUUCGUACUCCAAUUCAAUUCCUAACAGAAGUACCAAUUCAGAUUUGAGUCAAUCAUGUCUCUGAUUCCAAGCAUCUUCGGAGGUCGCCGGAGCCACGUUUCCGACCCAUUCUCUCUGGAUAUUUGGGAUCCUUUCCAAGGUUUCCCGUUUUCCAACGCCGUCGGCUCUGCACGGGAAACGUCGGCGUUUGCGAACGCGCAGAUCGACUGGAAAGAGACGCCGGAGGCUCACGUGUUCAAGGCGGAUCUACCGGGGCUGAAGAAGGAGGAGGUGAAAGUGGAGGUGGAGGAAGGGAAGGUGCUGCAGAUCAGUGGGGAAAGGAGCAAGGAGCAGGAGGAGAAGAACGACCAGUGGCACCGCGUAGAGCGGAGCAGCGGCAAAUUCCUUCGGAGGUUCCGGUUGCCGGAGAAUGCUAAAUUGGAUCAGGUGAAAGCGUCAAUGGAGAAUGGUGUGCUCACUGUAACUGUUCCCAAAGAGGAGGUGAAGAAACCUGAGAUCAAAUCCAUUGAGAUCUCCGGUUAGAUCUCUGCAAUGGCAAUAAGCUAAUUAGUAAUUAAGCUUAUCCUGCUCUGUGUUCUUUUGGGUGAAUAAGGAAUGUGUUGUGAUAAGAUAUUUGUGUCAAUUGUUCGAAAAGUUCUUGAAAUGCCAUGUAUUUCUAGUACAUUAUACGGAAUAUGUUGGCAUUUUAUGCAAAUGUUGCAUAAUUUCUUGAAAAAAAUAGUGUUAAAUUUGUUGGAAAGAUAGUAUUGCAAGUAUUUUUUUAUUUUUAAUAUUUUGAACAAAGUAUAGAAAUAUAUGGCUCAUAGUACAUUUUAUAAAUUGUUUUUGUUCUAUUAAUUUAAUGAUUGAAAAAAUGUAAAAAAAGCAUUAAGCAUUCUACGAUACUAGUCAA